CGCCGACCCGCGCCCGCGGCCGACGCCAGUGCGGAAUGUGCCAGCGAACGGAACGGUCGUUUCGUCGGAGCGUAGCGCUAGCGCUCCCGGUUUUCCUUUAAAAUGUGUAUAAGAAUAAGUGCAGUGAAUCCGCACGAGUUCGGAACGGUUACAAAAAACGCCGUCGUCGAGAUCAGGAGUAGAAAUCAACGAAGAACUUCAGCGAGGAAGUGGGGACGAUGAGGGAACAGGAAGGCGACGGCCCGGAGAGCCGUUAGCCGGACUCAAUGGAUGAGUAUGGCGGGCCGGCGGCGCCGCCCCGGCCGCCCAAGCCGGCGGCGCGCGUUCACAGGCCUACGGGCGCGCGCCAGCCUACCGUGUCGCUGCUCCGGCCGCGACCCGAGGCCGAGCGCGAGCGCAACGCCUACGUGGAGGCGCCGCGGCGAGCGCACGCUGCACCAGCCACGAACACAGCCGCACACCAGCCGCUCAAGCCGGUGACGACGCAGCCGGCCGCCGCGGCCGACAAGCGGCGCGCCGGCCCGGCCGACUCGAUCGUAUGCGAUACGUGCGGUCGCUGUCGAUGCGAGCAGUGCGCGCGGCCCAGGCCACUACCUUCCCGCUGGUUGUGCGGCUCGUGCCUUUGCAGCGCCGAAGCGUGCGUCGACUACGCGUCGUGCAUGUGCUGCGUUAAAGCGCUGUUCUACCACUGCGGGAGCGGCGAGGAGGAGGCGGGCGAGCCGUGCGCGUGCGGGCCGCGGCUGGCGUGCGUGGGCGCGCUGGCGCUGCCGCUGCCGUGCCUGUGGCUGUACUGGCCGCUGCGCGGGUGCGCGGCGGCGGGCGCGGCGCUGUACGCGCGCUGCCGCCGCUCCGGCUGCCGCUGCCCCGAGCCUCCGCCGCGGCUCUCCAGUAUUAUCUAGUCCCGCCGCGCCGCCCGCGCCCUCCGAAGCGCCGAGUCGAGCGGCGCGAGUGCGUCUGCGUUGUACAAAUAUUUAUUGGCGAGCGGAGAGCUUCGGACCGCGCGGGGGUGGACUCAGUGAUCUGUGCCUGGUCCGAGUGCUGAGUGGUGUGAGGGCGCGGGGCCGACACGGACGAGCGCCCCGCGCUCACUGAGUGAAUCUUCUACGUGUACCUAUCUACCUUGUAAAUAUAGUCGUAUAGUGUGAAUGUACGUGAACGUGUCGCUGAACGUCGAAAGUCUCAAAUUUUCUUGAGACCGUAACGUGUCAUAAGAAAACGAUAACGUUAGUAUUUUGGAUUCCACACAAAUCCAGAGAAGAUUAAGAAAUGAGAUAUAAAACAUACUUAUUAAGAUGUAGAUAAUUUACCAUUUAUUUAUUAACUGAAUUUGUAUUUAUUUGUAAAUAAAACGACAGCAAUUAUAUUAUAAAUAAUACGAAUGUUUA